CCGGUGUAAUUUGAUGAAUAUGAACGUAGAACAUUCUUUUUCUUAAAAACUGGCAGUUUUCCAGUGAGUGACACGGAGGAGUGCCCGUGUUGUAUAUUUUCUUCAACUCGGCAACUUUUAACAGCUUAUAUAUUAUAAUUCUCCACCGCCCUGAGAAGGCGUCGCAACGUCAACGCGAAAGGCAGCGUCAACACAGCGUGUGUACCGCUUACCUUAUUCGUCCACCACCAUCGACCGGUUAAACGGUACUUAACCUAUCUUUUUGUCAUUUCCCGAACGAGAAACAUUCGUACUUUAUAGUUCUCCGUAAUAUUCUACCAAAAAAAUGGUUUUGUGUAGCGUUGAUUGUGUGGAAAAAAUUGCACAGUAUUUAGGGGUGCCUGGACGUAAGAUUUAUAUGUCUGAAAAUAACAUCGUCGCUUCGGACAACAUAGUUAAAAACCAAACCAUUGAGGGCUUUGGCACAAUUGUUCAGGCCCUGGUUAAAGAUUCUAAAAACCAAGAUGUCCUUGGAAAAAACAAGAUAGAGCAGGCUUUGACGAAACAAUGGCUCGAGUAUGCUGUUUUGUAUCUUAAUUACGGAGACAUUCCAACCAACGCCAAAAAAAUACUGAAGGAGCUCAAUGGGGUCCUUCAAAAAAAUACAUAUAUUUGUGGGACCAAUUUGACAAUUGCAGAUAUCGUAUUUUUUCAUACUCUACAUCCUACUAUGAAUAAUUUGACAUACCAAGAAAAAGCGCAAUACAUCAAUGUCUCAAGAUGGUUCGAUAAUGUUCAACAGAACGAGAAUCUCCGACAAAAAUUGAAUCUUAUUGAUUUUAAUUUAAUGUAUUUAUAUCUGUAAGAGUAAUAAAAAUGCUUGUUCAUUCAUAAA